AUGGCAUCUACUUCUUCUAUAACAACUUUCUCCGAUCUCCACCCAGUCAUCAUCCAAACCCAAAUCUUACCACGACUCGACGGUCAAUCUCUCUCCUCCGUCGCAACCACAUCAUCCUAUCUACGAACCAUCACCGCAGACGACAUUCUUUGGUCAGACAUUUGCAAGUCCACUUGGCUCUCAAUAACCCACCCACGUAUCAACCAUGUCAUCUCCACCUUCUCCGCCGGUCACCGUUCUUUCUUCCAAGACUCUUUUCAGCCUCCAACCACCGAUGUUAAACACCUUACCUGCCGCCGUUCUUGGUCAAACACCCAACCAUCUUGUUCCUUAACACAUCAUCCUUGGCCAUCUGAACUUAUCUUAGCCGUCGAUAUACGCUUCCAUAACAAUAUCGUUUACUCCAGAGUCGAAAUCACCGACACCACAACCAAUUUCCUGACAUCGGAGCUUAGGAUUGUAUUAAACGACGAUCCGGCUAGAAAUCAAUCGGGUUUUGAACUCGGGUCAAUCGACUUGAAAGUCGACAAGCUAUUACACGCCGAUGACGAAACAAUAUCACACCUCAAAGAAUCCGUAACAUUAAACUGGAUCCUAAUAGAUCCGACACGGAAACGAGCGGUAAACCUAUCCAGCAUCAAACCUGUUCUUGCAUGGGUAGACAACCACGUCCAUCUCCGAUACGUCAUCGUUUUACCAGGGUGUGACUCGAGUGAGAGAGUGGAAUGUAGAAUAGAGGUGACGUUGGUUGUGGAUAAAGGAGGGGUGGCAUUGCAUGUGAGGGAGGUGAUACUUCACGUUAAAGACGCGUCUUGUAAUUGUUUGAAGGGGAAGGACUUUUUGGAUGAUAGUAAAGGAAAUUUUUAUGUGGGCGUCGACGGAUCUAAUUCUUUUAUAAAAACAAAUAGACAUCUUUUUUGUCGCCGGUCAACCGCCUUCACCCUUCACCGUAGUUUGUUUGUCGGAAAUUUACAGAUGGUUUUUACUUGCUAA